AUGUUUAAGCACGAUAUGACAGAAAAUCAGCAAAACUGCGUUAAAAUCAAUGAUAUCGAUGAGAAAAUUUUUGAAGAAGUACUACGUUAUAUUUAUACCGGGAAAGUUACCAACUUGCAAGAUAUAGCUUUGGAAUUGAUGCCCGUUGCUGAUAAAUAUGAUCUAGGCCAACUGAAAGACAUGUGCUUCGAUUCGCUGAAAACGUCGCUAUCUGAAAAAACUGCUGUGAAAAUGUUAAUGCUCGCUGAUUUGAAGAACUUGCCAAGUUUGAAGAAAGAGGCUAUUACGUUUAUCCUAGCCAACUUGCAAAAAGUCCAGAAAUCAGACGAGUGGAAUGAAAUAAUCUCUCGUCCAGAUUUAAUGUCGAGUAUACUUAAUCAUAGAGGUUGA